AUGGCCAUUCACUAUCUCAUCUUGUUAUCGCGGCAGGGCAAAGUUAGACUCGCAAAAUGGUUUACAACAUUAUCGCCAAAAGAGAAGGCGAAAAUCAUUAAAGAUGUCUCCCAACUUGUGCUGGCUCGUAGAACGAGAAUGUGCAAUUUCUUAGAGUACAAAGAUUCGAAGAUAGUUUAUCGACGAUACGCUUCUCUCUUCUUCAUCGCAGGUUGUGCUUCGACCGAUAACGAACUCAUUACUCUGGAGAUUGUUCACCGCUAUGUUGAGCAGAUGGACAAGUACUACGGAAAUGUCUGCGAGCUGGAUAUUAUUUUUAACUUUCAAAAAGCAUAUUUCAUAUUGGAUGAGUUAUUACUGGCGGGCGAAAUGCAAGAGAGUAGUAAGAAGAACGUGCUUAGGGUGAUAUCAGCGCAAGACUCAAUUGAAGAUACGGAGGUGAGUGGUGAGCAUCAAUUUGGGUCGUAG